GAAAGACUUGACUGAUCUCCACUGGCCUUGGAUCUCGAUGUUGAAGAAUCAAUGGUACGGAGGUGCAUUGAAGGACUUUGAGUCCAUCUUCGGCAAUUUCAGCAAGCUGGGUUGUAUGAUUCCGCACGAUAAAGUAUUCGCCCUACUAGGCCUUGUCUCGAGGGACUCUGAACGGCAUUCCAAACAUAUCAGCGUGGACUAUGACCAGAACCUGUGGUCUCUUCUCUAUCAAAUCUUACACUGCUGUCAGUCACAGCAACCCCAGUAUUUUGCCCACGCAGCGUACUGACGAUUGAGCCAUCACAUGGAUACCUUAUUUAAUGACUUGCCACUGUUUCAGGCGUAUCUUAGCUUUCAGCUAACUCAGCGGCAAGCGGCGGUCGUCACGGUCACUUCGC